GCAGGCACCACUUAUUAAUUAAGCACAGAGAACAAGAGAUUGAAAGAAAGAGAGGAAAAAAGAAGAAGAUGAUGAUGAGGCCAUUAACGUUUGGCAAAGUGUUGCAUGUUUAUUGUUCCCUUUUAUUAGUAUGGAUUUCAAUGAUGCACGAUAAGCCUCAUUUCGGCUAUUUAGUAGAAGCCAGAAGAGUUGUCCGUGUCUUCAACCCACCACCACCAUCGUCAUCAACGAGUUACAUGGAAGUGAAAAAAAUGUUGGAAAGCCGCUCAAGGAAACUGAUGAUCAGUGAAAGAAACUCAUCUAAAACUGGGACCGAUGUCAAGGCGAGAAGGCCAAAGGGAGCUCCCCAUCAAAAGUCUCCUCCUGAUCCUAAUCCAUCAGCACCAGUAUAUAUCGGUCCAUACACAAAGUUCUAACAUGCUUUUUCGAUCAUUAAAGUUAGCUAGAAUGCCAAAGGGAUCUGUAAUAGAGGAGCACGACAUGCUGUGUGUUUAAAGUGAGCCGUGUUGGUUUGGGUGACAGGACUUUGGUGUCCAUAUAGCAUUUUCGAUCAUUUAUACAGAUGGAAGUAUUAUAUUUGAACAAUUCAAUUACUACAAUAAUAACAAAUUUAUAUUAAA